CCAAGCACAGAAUGAACACAACAGUGACAGGAAGCACGUGAAGAUCAUGGCCGAGGCUGGGGACGACGUGGAUGCCUUCCCACUGUUCACUAAGAGGUCAAAUUCUUCCGUGGCUGAUAAACAGAAGCCUGAGGAACCACAGGGCAGCAGCAAGGUGGAGAAACCAUGUGACCCAUACUGCUACAGGAUGGACUACCCCUCCCUAGGAACCUGUCUGAUCAUCAAUAACAAGAACUUCCACAAGAGCACCAAUAUGGGCUUCCGUAACGGCACUGACUUGGAUGCUGCUGCUGCUGUGAAGACAUUCAUGCAGCUUGGCUACAACGUCAAAGUGGAGAAUGAUCUGACUGUGGACCAGAUGGUGAAACUCAUGAAUAAUGUGUCUCUGCAAGAUCACAGCAACAAUGCAUCGUUUGCGUGCGUGCUGCUCAGUCAUGGAGAUGAGGGACUCAUCUAUGGCACAGACAGAGCUGAAAAGUUCGACACGCUGACUCGGCCCUUUAAAGGAGAUCGCUGCCGGACUUUGGUGGGGAAGCCAAAGCUCUUCUUCAUUCAGGCUUGCAGGGGUCAGGAACUGGAUGCAGGAGUCGAAUGCGACAGUGAUUCUGCACAAACGUCGGAGAGGAUUCCGAUUGAGGCUGACUUCCUUUAUGCCUACUCCACUGCUCCAGGCUACUACUCCUGGAGAAAUACAAGCAAUGGUUCCUGGUUCAUCCAGUCGCUGUGCAAGAUGCUGCAGAAACACGGUGGAAAACUGGAAGUGAUGCAGAUCAUGACACGUGUCAACCGUGAAGUGGCGCUGUGCUUUGAGUCGUCCUCCAGCCUCCCAGGCUUCAGUGAGAAGAAGCAGAUUCCCUGUAUUGUCUCCAUGUUGACCAAAGAACUCUACUUUCCUAAGUAGCUUGAGCUCUCAUCUGGCGGCAGCCAACACCUCAGGAAUCCGUUCUGUGUUGCCACGUUCUGAACACGCAUAAGCGACACUUGUUUUUUAGCCUUAACUGUCAGUUAAGUUACAUUUAGUAGACCCUUCAUGUCAUUACAUGUUGAAAGGGGAUUUCUGCAUUAAAAGUAUGUUAAUAAAGAAUUUUCAUCAUUUU